GGGAUGCUCAGAAGAAAACCUUAGGACAAGCUCUAUAAUUUCGUGAGACAGUGUUGAAAGAACAUAUUUCGUUCAGAUUCUAUAUUUCUUGACCUUUUAGUUUCCUACUUCUAUUCAUGCUGUAUUGAUCACCCAACUACAGAAGUUACCACAAUCACAUGAUUUAUAAGGCACUGAGUAAAGUUUUACCAAAUUAAUAAGCUGGUUUUGUGGUACUAGGUAAAAAGCAUACACAUCAUGGCAAGGGAGAAUUCGACCUUCAACUCCGACUUCCUCCUCCUGGGAAUCUUCAAUCACAGCCCCACCCACACCUUCCUCUUCUUUCUGGUCCUGGGCAUCUUUUCAGUGGCCUUCAUGGGAAACUCUGUCAUGGUUCUCCUCAUCUACCUGGACACCCAGCUCCACACCCCCAUGUACCUCCUCCUCAGCCAACUGUCCCUCAUGGACCUCAUGCUCAUCUGCACCACCGUACCCAAGAUGGCCUUCAACUACUUGUCUGGCAGCAAGUCCAUCUCUAUGGCUGGUUGUGCCACACAAAUUUUCUUCUAUACAUCAUUGCUUGGCUCUGAAUGCUUUCUUUUGGCUGUUAUGGCUUAUGACCGCUACACUGCCAUUUGCCACCCUCUAAGAUACACCAAUCUCAUGAGCCCUAAAAUUUGUGGACUUACGACUGCCUUUUCCUGGAUCCUGGGCUCUACGGAUGGAAUUAUUGAUGUUGUAGCGACAUUUUCCUUCUCCUACUGUGGGUCUCGGGAAAUAGCCCACUUCUUCUGUGACUUCCCCUCCCUACUAAUCCUCUCAUGCAGUGACACAUCAAUAUUUGAAAAGGUUCUUUUCAUCUGCUGUAUAGUAAUGAUUGUUUUCCCUGUUGCAAUCAUCAUCGCUUCCUAUGCUCGAGUUAUUCUGGCUGUCAUUCACAUGGGAUCUGGAGAGGGUCGUCGCAAAGCUUUUACUACUUGUUCCUCUCACCUCUUGGUGGUGGGAAUGUACUAUGGAGCAGCUUUGUUCAUGUACAUACGGCCCACAUCUGAUCACUCCCCAACACAGGACAAGAUGGUGUCUGUAUUCUACACCAUCCUCACUCCCAUGCUGAAUCCCCUCAUCUAUAGCCUCCGCAACAAGGAGGUGACUAGAGCAUUCAUGAAGAUCUUAGGAAAGGGCAAGUCUGGAGAGUGAGUUACCUGAUAAACUUCAUGUUUUGCUGUGUGCUAAAUCCUUUUUUUAAAUGGUCCUCUUUUUCCAUUAAGCCUUGAAAAUGGGAUUCAUUGUGUACAUAAAUCUGUAAUGACAUAUUUAUGGGCACCUAUAUAAUUUAUUUCAGAUAAACGAUUAUAACUAUUUAUUAUUUUA